AUGGAUUUCUGUUUCUUUCUCGUUGGAUUCAAGGAAAGUAACAAGCCACUCAGUGACGGAGGAAAUAUUCCUUGUUAUUGCGGCAGGUGUCACAAUCAAUCAGCUUUUGCGGUAAGAACCAGCAACUGGGUUACUUUGUUCUUCAUACCUAUCAUCCCUUUUUACUUUGGCAAGGGCCUUAAGUGUAACAUAUGUGGAGCUUCUGGUGAUCUAGAUGAUAAAGCAUUACAAAUGUUAAAAAAUGGUCAGCCAGUCGCCAUUGGCGGUUAA